CGUAAUCGGAGGCCAUGAACAACUCUGCUACGUCAAAUGAACCUUGUGGAGUAGGCAGCGCCAACUGCACCAGAGGCUUUGCAACGAACCCCCUUCCCGCCGCCCCCAAACGCCAUCUAUGCUAUUCUAUGGUCUAUACAAUUCGAUUCCCACUUUCCGGCCACCCGUAUCUACCGCCCUGUUCUCGGACUUUGGUUUAUGAGUCUCGGCCAAGGCGCUCCUCGUCAUCGUCCCGAAGUUCAUACGCUGGCCGGAAUUUAGAUGCGCCUUCGCCUACAGCCAAGGCGGGAUUCGGACGGGUAUCAGUGACGCCGCCAAGGGACGUGAAGCCACGGUUGUAAAGAUCGCAAAAUGGGAUAUCAAGAUGCCGGAUAAACUUGAUCAAUGGUUGUUAGCGUCACUCGUCUGGUGUGCAGGUGACGACGUGCUGAACUUACUGCCCAGAUUUCAACAUAAUGCCAGUCGAUCACAGGAUGAAUGCGCAUAAACUGCGGCCAGCCCGCAUCAGUGGGGUUGAAGUGCGAGAGAAACUCCCCAUGGGGGUCGGUCCGUCUUGUCCCGAGAAAUAUGGCUCUGAUCGCGGGACGGUCCAGCAGAUAUGCCUCGAGCGCGGGCCGCAUUGGUAGCGCAUACCGUUUCAGGUCGAGAUUGUACUCCUGCGCCGUUCUCUCCACAAACUCCUCGACCUCGGUAAACGGAUGACGAGAAACAAUGUAUAUCGACUGGAGGGACUUGUUUGUGUGGAAGCUGUGAGCCGAUUCAACGGGUUCCGACGUCGGCGGUUGUGAUGGCGGAGUCGGAAUCUCGGACGGGGCUGCGACAACACUCCCAGAGGAAGUCGGCGGGCUGAUGCAAGUUGGCAAGCAAGCCAAGAUUAAAAUCAGAAGCACGAGACAGUCCUUGCCGCCGUUGUACGAGAGAGAGAGGUGAUCGAGCCUACACGGUUGCAUCCAAAGACAGGUCAGCGUCAUGUCGCAAAGGCAGCACAUCACAAACGGCACGGCCCCCGCCUCACACCGGGCAAGAAAUGACGCAGCACCUACCCAUAUUGGCGCAGCGCCUCCUCGAUCACGCCAAUGGACACCCGAAUCUGGCUCUGCACAUUGCGUAAGACAUUGUCGUUGGUGAUGUCCUCGGUAAGGAAUGCAUCGAUCUUGCCCCGCAGCUCGUAGCAGAUAUCUGGCAGGGUACGCUGCGGUGGUUGCGCGACGGGCGCGGGUUCACCUUGCUUCGCAACUCCGUUGGUUCUCGGGAUGGCCUGGGAAGCGACGGCGUCGUCGUGUAUCAUGGCGGUGGUGUUGUUGCUGGCGAAUGAGCAAGACAUGGCUGGUAAAGUGAGAGUUGGCCCCUGCCAACCUCUGUCAGAUGCCAGACCCGACUUCGAUGGCCGCGCCCCCCAAGCCCAGACAUCAUGGUAAUCUAGGGUAGGUUGGUGGACAGGGGUAAGCGCGGGGCGGCAGACCGAAGUUGGCCCGACCGCCCGUUCUCCGUCAGCCGCCCUAACCGUAAUUACACGCGUUGUUACGGAUUGCUGAUUUGGCUGCCGAUGCACUAACAGAGGCUGCCGCGGCAUCGCAGCAAGGUCAGCGGCCACUAACAAAAACAUAUCCACUCACUCGGACUGGUCAAGCUCCAGCGAAGAGUUCCACAUGAGAUGGCUCCAAAACGUCGAGCUGGACAUGCAUUCAUGCCACCAUGACCACGAGGGCAAAGGACAAACGCAUUGCCAGCAGACUCGAAUGCCUUCCCUCGGAACUCAUCGAGCCUAUCCUGGCCAACCUGACAUUCCGAGAUAUCAUUGCACUGUCGAUAUGUGCCGAAGACAACUGCCAACUGGCCAACGCUCUCGUCAUCAGCCCAGCAUGGAAGGACAUCUGGCCUGUGUAUGUGGCUCGGAAAUCCGAGUUUCAGACAAUCAUGUCUCUAAUAGUACCCUUGGGCGGCGGGAGCUGGCAUGAUCCUACAGAUCGCGAGCUAGGUCUGACUCCGGAUAUGUUUCGUCGAAGAAUGGCACGCGGAAAGAACUCUAUGGAACGGUUAUGA